CCCGGGCCGGUCUGCUCGCUCUUUCCCCGGCGCCGCCUCCUGCCUUUGCCCCCGGCCCGAGAGGCGGCGGUUCCCGGCGGUUUCUCGGCGUCAUGUCCCACCAGACCGGCAUCCAAGCUAGCGACGAAGUCCAAGAAACCUUUGCUAGAGCCAGAAACGGACAAUACAGGUUUUUGAAAAUAGUUAUCGAAAAUGAACAGCUGACUGUGGGAUCAGCAAGGCAACCUGUUGGAUCCUGGGAAGCGGAUUACGAUUCCUUUGUUCUCCCACUCCUUGAAGAAAAGCAGCCAUGUUAUAUUCUUUACAGAUUAGAUUCUCAAAAUGCUCAAGGAUAUGAGUGGAUCUUUAUUGCAUGGUCACCAGACCAUUCUCCUGUUCGUCAGAAAAUGUUGUAUGCAGCUACCCGGGCAACCCUGAAGAAAGAAUUCGGAGGCGGGCAUAUUAAAGACGAAGUGUUUGGAACCAACAAGGACGAUGUUUCGCUGAACGGUUACCGAAAGUACUUGGUAACUCAGUCCUCGCCUGCCCCUCUGACCGCAGCCGAAGAAGAACUUCGUCAGAUCAAGAUUAACGAGGUACAAACUGACGUCAGUGUUGACACUAAGCACCAGACUCUACAAGGUGUAGCAUUCCCAAUAGCUAAAGAAGCCCUCCAGGCACUUGAAAAACUGAAAAACAAGCAGCUUAACUAUGUGCAGUUGCAAAUUGAUAUGAAAAAUGAAACUAUCGAACUGGCUAGUACACUCCCAACGGAGCUGAAGGACUUGCCAAAAAGAAUUCCAAAGGACUCGGCACGGUACCAUUUUUUCCUCUACAAACAUUCCCACGAAGGAGACUACUUGGAAUCAAUAGUUUUUAUCUACUCCAUGCCGGGCUAUAUGUGCAGUAUACGAGAACGGAUGCUCUACUCUAGCUGCAAGAGUCCUCUUCUAGAAAUUGUAGAAAGGCAACUGUGGAUGCAGAUCAUCAGAAAGAUUGAAAUCGGCGAUGGGGAAGAGUUAACUGCCGACUUCCUUUAUGAAGAAGUUCAUCCCAAGCAGCAUGCACACAAGCAGAGUUUUGCCAAGCCGAAAGGACCUGUAGGCAAAAGGGGAAUCCGAAGGCUGAUUAGGGGCCCGGCAGAAGCCGAAACACCUACUGACUAAAUGCAGCACCGGGAACAGAAGCAUUACGGUGGGGGGGGGGGUAGGGAACCCACCCUAGCCUUUAGAAAUGAACUGAAAGCAUUCCACACCCCUCUUUUUCCAGGAGAAUAAGGUGACUCGUGAUUUUUCACUGCACUUAAGACACCACCUUAGAUGUUACAAGGUCCACAGCCUGUGGUUGUAAUGAAUUGGGUUAAACUAAAACUAGAAGCUUGUAUAAGGUUAAUUCUAAUAUGAAUUAAUAUCAUAGCCUUACAGUUCAACACUACUCUAUAUGUAGCAUAUUUAGGUCUGAAGUCAGUUUAGUGACAACAUAAAAUGGAUCAUUAGCUAGAUAUUGAAA